AUGAGUUACCUAGUGCUGCUGACCAGCUUGAUCCUCUUCUCGAUAGCCCGAGCCCAGCAAUCAGCCUCGUGGCCGCAAUGGGUGACAAACGACUACAACUGCGUGAUCAAAUGUAUGCAGCAGUAUUUCACGGAUACGCAGCCUCCCGCGACGUCUGACCAAUACAAUAAUGCCAUGGGGUGUGUCAAGUCGACCUGCGCACAAAAGACCGAGAACGCCAACAUCUACCAAGCACAAUACAUUAUCAAUAUGUAUAAUCAGAUCGGAUCCAUUUAUGAACCUGAAGAUUGGCAGAACGGCAACAUUCCUACCAACGGAACGGACUCAUUGACCGCUCCGACCGGAUGGGUUCAAACGACCGUGACGACCUCAAAGUCUCAUACCGAUGGGACUUGGGCAACUCAGACGGAUACAGUCUGGGCACCUCCCCCUCCCCCAGCUACCACGUCAAACCAGCCGGAGACGACAUCUGGCGCCGUUGCGGCCGAAGUCCUCACGGAAACCAAAUCUUCCCAAACGUCCACGAGUUCUGCAGCGUCUGCAGCCUCUGGCAGUACGUCUGGAGGAGCUGGACGAGGAGCAGAGCUGGCAAGAGGUCUCUUUGGCAUUGUACUUGCUGUACUUGGUGUCGUGGCCGGCGGUGUCCUAGUCUGA